AUGGCUUCUUCACCUGGAAACCCUAAAAGUGAAAAUAAUGAUAUAGAAUCAAAACCAAACCAUGUUGAAGAAACUGAAGAAAACAACAACAUUGACUAUUCUCAAAGAGCACAAUGGCUAAGAGCUGCUUUACUAGGAGCAAAUGAUGGUUUGGUAUCAAUAACAUCACUGAUGUUAGGUGUUGGAGCUGUGAAUGAAGACAUCAAAACAAUGCUUCUUGCUGGUUUUGCAGGACUAAUAGCAGGUGCAUGUAGUAUGGGAAUUGGAGAGUUUGUUUCUGUUUACACUCAACUUGACAUAAUAGUAGCUCAAAUGAAAAGAGAAAACAUAAUCAGAAACACUAUUGAUGAAGACGAAAAGCUAUUACCAAAUCCUUUUCAAGCUGCUAUAGCAUCAGCAAUUGCAUUUUCUUUUGGUGCUACUGUUCCAUUGCUAGGAGCAGCAUUGGUUAGGGAAUAUAAAAUAAGGUUGGUGGUUGUUGUUGUUUUGGCUAGUUUGGCAUUGUUUGUGUUUGGUGGGGUAGGAGCAAUGCUUGGUAAAACAUCAAUGAAAUGGUCUUGUUUUAGAGUAGUGGUUGGUGGUUGGAUAGCUAUGGCUAUUACUUUUGGCUUCACCAAAUUAGUUGGAUAUAGUUCACUUUGA